UGUCAAACAAACAAGUUGUCAAACAAAACUGAACAAAAUUGUGAUCGUAUCUAGUACGUGAUUGUGUGAAGUGAAAUCUGUUUUGUAAAAUUGUUUAAAGGUGUUGCUUUGAUUAUUAUACUAUUUAUGUUCGUUACAAUUACGUGAGUGUAGUAUAUAUUCUGGUGUUUAUCGCUGAAUAACGUUGCUUUAUGUCCACAUUAUAAGUGGCGAACAUGGGAAUCUUUGGCAACUCGUCGCCUUUUGACCAAGAUGUCGAAAGAGCAACAAGCGAGAACAACACUCAUGAGGAGUGGGGAUUGAUCUUGGAGAUCUGUGACCGCGCGGGCGCGUCGCCGCAAGCCGCCAAGGAGUGCCUGCGCGCCGUGCUGCGCCGCCUCGCGCACCCCGACCCCCACGUGCAGGUGCACGCGGCCACGCUGCUCGACGCCUGCGUCAACAACUGCGGCCGCAACUUCCACCUCGAGGUCGCCUCGCGAGACUUCGAGACUGAGUUCCGGCGCCUCGUGGCGCGUGCGCAGCCCGCCGUCGCGCAGCGCCUGCGCGCGCUUCUGCGCAAGUGGGCCGAGGGCGAGUUCCGCUCCGACCCCGCGCUCGACCUCAUCCCGUCGCUGCACAACAAGCUGCGCGCCGAGGCGGGCGAAGCAGCGCCGGCGCGCGCGCCCGAGGCCGCGCCCGCGCCGCCGGCCGCCAGCGCGGCGCAGCGCGAGCAGGAGGAGCUGGCGCGCGCCAUCGCGCUGUCGCUGCGCGAGGCGGGCCCGGCGCCCGCGGCCUCGCUGUACCCGCGCGUGGAGGCGCUGCCGGAGCCGGCCCCGCAGCAGCCGGCGCCGCGCAAGGUGCGCGCGCUCUACGACUUCGAGGCUGCCGAGGAUAACGAGCUCACUUUCCUCGCUGGAGAAAUAGUUCACGUGACUGACUCGAGCGACCCGAACUGGUGGAAAGGCUACAACGAGCGAGGCGAGGGCUUGUUCCCGGCCAACUUCGUGACGUCAGAGCUGAGCUCGCCGCGCGCGUCGCCCGCGCCGCGCGCGCGCUCCGUGCAGUUCGCGGCGGAGGAGCCGCGCAUCGACGAGGCGGCGAUGGACGCGGCGCUGGCGCUGCUGCACGAGGCGGACCCCGAGGCGGCGGCGGACGACGGCGCGGAGCUGGCGCGGCUGGAGGCGCGCGUGGCGGCGGCCGGCCCGCUCGUGGACGCGGCGCUGGAGCGCGCCGACCGCCGCCACGCGCGCCUCACGCAGCUGUCGGCCGAGCUGGUGGACGCGCUCAACCUCUACCACGAGCUCAUGCGCGACGCGCUCAAGCCGCCGCCGCCCGCCGCGCCCUUCCCGCCGCUCGCCGCCUUCCCGCCGCCGCACCCCGCGCAGCGGUGAGCGCGAGCUCGCGUUAUAUCCAAAUAUAAAAAGAAAUAUUAUUAGUGUUUAAGAUAUUGCUUAUAUUAUGUUUAGGAGGGGUGGAUGACCUUAUUAUAGAGCAUUAUGACUAUAUGCUGAAUAUGUGAUGUGUCACACAUUUCAAAAUUUCCAAGAGUGCAUUAUUGUAACUUCAAAUGAAACUUGUUUGAUAUAAAAAUAUUAAUUUAGUUUUAAAGUACCUUUUAAUAAGUAGGAUAUAAUUUAUCUUCAUAAAAAAUCGAACUCCCAUAUGUUAAAUUCAUUUAUGAUUUGAUUUUAUUUAUAACAAAAUCAUAAAUUAAUAUGAAAUGUGCAUCAAAAAUGUUACAACUGAACUUUAUGUAAAACAUCUAUUGUAUUAAAUUAUUUAAAAACAGUGAA